GCUUUCACUUGUUACUCAUUUUACACACCCCUUCUAACUAAGCUUCCCAUAGAUACCCUGCGAACUCCUUUCCUCUUCUCUUUCGCGAACAUAGAUCACCAAAUUCCCAAUUUCUCAUGCCCAGUUAAGCACCAAGAAGACUAGACCUUCCUAGUACAAUCACAAAAGGAACCCAAAUCGUGCCCUCGGCCGCAAAACUGUCUUUUCAUCCCUGAGGCUUCUGACAGGUCCACGCCCCAAUUCUUUCUCCUAGGCCUGAAGUGCCGGAAGAGGAGGUGGAAUUCCAGUCUCUUUCUCAGCUCUAGAAAGUCUUCCAUGUUUUUGUCGAAACCAGCCUGCUGUAGGCUCUCUCUGCUAGGGACUAGCGAGGACUCCCUCGGUCAGCUAGAAGGCGCAGAGACCCGACUGUAUAAUCAUGGACUGGAUAAGAAGGUGGCGAAGACUGAGGUUGUAGAACCUCCCACACAUAUUGAUAGGCUUACCUUUCCGCGGGUUUCCCGCGCCUUUGCUUCCAUUUUGAAUGGGUAUCAUUCUAAACCUGGACUGGCAAGAGGAUAAUUUUGCUGGUGCAAGGAGAUAAUGCUGUUUGAACUCGGGGAAGGCGUGGCGAAGCAAUCAACCUCUCAUCUUCCCCUAGGGUGCUUAUCCAACCAUUACAGUAGCCAGUCUGGGCAGCUGAGUUUAGACCCUGCCCGCCCCUUUUCCCUCUUUCCGACACUGCUUUCUACUCCCGAUUGGGUAGCACCUUCCCAUCCCAGAGCGAGGUUGACUGCUUCCUCUGCCCAGCUGCUGUCUCAACUAUAAAGACCAGAAUAUGACGGCUGUGGCAACGUCCUGCUCCAGUCUCGGGUCCUGCAGCCUCCACCCCUCAUCUUUCUCCUUCGCUCUCAGUUUAACUCUCACAUUCUUCCAACUCCAUCAUGCCGAGGGGCUUUCUGGUGAAAAGAACCAAGAGACUGGGAGGUUCUUAUCGAAUGCGUCGGGACUUUCAGCUACUGGUGCCUACUUUCCACAGAGGGGCUUCCCCCAGUCCCCAAGGAAGCGUGAAGGAGCGGUUGGAAUUCUCAUUGGAAAAGGUAAAAAAGGAGGAGAGGGAAGCGGCUUCUCAACCGUCAUCGUCCUGCCUGGGUACAGUAGAAAGUACUGGACCAAGCCGGCGGGAAAGCGUUGUGAGGGGGCUGGGAGGAGGCUCGACCCCUGGUCCCAGUCCUAGUCCAGCUAAGCCGGCAGGUGCGGAGUUGCGAGAGACAUUCCUGGAGCGCUGCCUCAGUUCUCCUGCUUCAGCUGAAUCUUUCCCGGGAGGCACCACAGCCGCGGUUGCUUUCUCUUCCACAGUGGCACUCCCGUAUGCCCCAUCUUCGGUAGAGCAGCUUUUGAUGCCACUUCUGGCACCUUUCCCAGAAGCUGUUACAAAGCCGGAGUCAGCUCCCCUAAGUGUUACUCUUCAGGGCCUGAAACAGGGCACUGGAGACGACCGGUAUGACAAGGGACAUCCAGGACCUGUGUCAGCGUCAGGAUCUGGGACAGCAGUGUCAAGUGCCAAGAAGCCGAAGGCUAUGAGGAGGCUGAGCUUCGCGGAUGAAGUAACCACAUCCCCAGUUCUGGGAUUGAAAAUCAAGGAGGAGACACCUGGGACCCCCUCCCGGAUCCUUGAAAACAGCCGGACGCCACUGGGUGAAUUUAUUUGCCAACUGUGCAAGGAAGAGUACGCAGAUCCUUUUGCACUGGCCCAACACCGUUGCUCUCGUAUAGUGAGAGUUGAGUACCGUUGUCCCGAAUGCGAUAAGGUCUUCAGCUGCCCAGCCAAUCUCGCCUCCCACCGCCGGUGGCACAAGCCACGUACUGCUAAUGCUGCCACAGCUGUCCCCGAGGCUCUUUCCUCGUUUUCCUCUUCCUCCUCGCUGUCAACUGAUUACAGCAUUAUCGCACCUUUCCUACCCGAAGGUAAGGAGAAUAACAGAGAGAAAAGGACCGAAAGUCAGCACCCUCUUAUGCGGGACAGCUCCCUGACUGAUCAGCAUCAGGGCAGUUCCAACUCAACUACCCGCGGACAGGAUGUUAAGGUCACUAAGCAUCCUGAGCCUCAGCGACCACAGGGCCCAUAUACUGAAAGAGAGUCUGAGCGUCGCGUACCGGGUACAGGGAAAGGCAGUGGGGAUGGGGUAUCUGAGGUUUUCUUGUGUCCAUAUUGCCACAAGAAGUUUCGCCGUCAGGCUUACUUGCGCAAACACUUGGAUACUCAUCAGGAGGGAUCAGCCAGAGCGCUAACCUACAGUCCUGAGCAGAGUUUACAGUUUGCUUUUCCAUGCCCGCUUUGCGGGGCACACUUCCCCUCUGCAGACAUCAGAGACAAGCACCGGUUGUGGCACGCUGUGCGGGAGGAAAUGCUAUUGCCUACUUUAGUGGGGACGCCUUCAGAAGGACCAAGUGGAGCUGACGGAGAUACUCAGCAGAUCUUUCCUUGCAAACAUUGUCCGUCUACUUUCUUCAGUUCCUUGGGUCUAACUCGCCAUAUCAAUAAAUGUCACCCUUCGGAAAGCCGGCAGGUCUUAUUGCUCCAGAUGCCUCUAAGACCCGGUUGCUGAGUACGAACAAAAACAAAACUGGGACAAAUUCGGGAAGAAAUGGACAUUGUGUGCUACUGCGGGACCAACUGGUAAAAAUUUAUACCCUUCCUCUGCCUUCUCUUUCUUUGCCUCAUUUUCUUUACUAAAGGCUUUCUGGACUUCAGUCACUUGGAAACCCUAAAAAGUUCUAUGUGACUUGUUAAUUCCUAUGGAAAGUCUCGAUGAAGACUUGUCUGUCUAGAAAGGACUUUUUCUUUUCUUCUUUUUAAAGCCGUUCAACGUGGUUAUUGCUGAUUUUGCUUCCAUUGUCGUCGCAGGCACCCAUAUAAAAUUUAAUGAGCUCAGAUACUUUUUUACUGUAAAUUCUGUGAAAUAGACGGGAUUGGUGCCAAACUUACAGAAAACAAUAAAGAAGCAAGGUUUCAAUCAAGAUGUGACUAUAGGCAAAACUGAGCUCAAGUGAAAUCGAGGAAGCUUUGUUUCAGGUUUUUAAUACUCUGUAAACAUAUCCCCUCAAUUCCAUCAAACUGAUAUAUCCCAAAGUGGAAGAAGUGCUAAUUGACUAAUAGUUUCGACUUGAGGUAUAUCCUCCCCCUUUCACUUUUAUGUAAGUUAAACUUCCUUGAACUAUUUAAAAAUAACUUUAAAAACCCAUCUUAGACUGGUUUUUUGAAGUUAAAAAUUUACUUCUUUAGUAACACUUCACUCAAUUUGUGGUAAUACUUUUUUUUUUUUUUUGCAAUUUCAUUUCUUGUACUGAAUAUGAACCUACAAAAAGAUGUAAUACAUCAUAAAACUGAAGGCAAUUCAUUUAAUCUUUUUAAAAAAUGGAUCUGUGACUUUUGAAUUACUUUUUAUAAAUCAUGGUCAAUGUACAUUCUAUACAUCCUUAUCCUUGUUUCUAUUAUCCAGAGGUGUAUGGUGCUCUCCAAAUAAAUGUGCUUAGCUUG